CUGAGCUGAAAUCAAGGGUCAGAUACUUAACUGACUGAGCCACCUGGGCACGUCCUAGGAGGGAGCCUUUCUGUAUGCUCAUCUUUCUUCUGGCCUCCCCUCUCAUCUACCAGUCUCCUAUUUUGCCUGCCCUGCGGUCCAGUCCCCCACCUGCAGCCAGAGUCUUCUUCAUAAAAGAGCAUGUUAACCUUAAAGAGAAAACUGCCGGCCAUUUUACCAGCAAAAACGGGUUUAUUUGGAAAUAGCAGAGAAUUGCAAUCCCAGGACGUGCGAGCUGUGCCAAAACUACAGGCAAGGCCAGAGGCAAGUCCGGGGAGCAAAGGGGAGGUAGGUAGCUCCUUUCCAGAGUGAAGGGGGAAGAUGGGAGAGCUGUUAUAAUCCAGAAGUCCAUUGGAGUAAACUGGGAGUUCGAAGGGUAGCGCCUCCUGAUUGGCUGAGCUGUGACUGUCAUUGGUGGGGCUGUUGCCAGGAGAGGAGGAGACGUUUCCUUCUGCUGGGGCAGCAAACUAGUAGCUAAAGUAGUAUUGGACUUGGUAAGGUGUAGGUCUUCCUGCUGGGUCUGUGAGAGCUCCCCCUGCUGGCCUCUCUCCUCCGUUUUAAACUCAACCAUAACCUGAACUAAACUGGUUUCCUUUCAUUAGUUUUCACAAGAAGUCAACAUACAGGAUUCCUUUCUGAAUGCAAUUUCCUGGAGCUUUGACACCAUCUCUGUAUUUAAAAAUCUGCAGUAUUUUUUAUUCAUCCACCAAAAAUCUCUGUAAGGCACUGUACCUGGAGUAGCGGGGUGGGGUGGUGGGGCAGGGAAUAUAAAGAAGAAAACAUAAAAUCUGUUCCUUCUAGGCACCUAAAUCUAAAUAACAGAAGUCACACAUAGACAGAAAAUCUGGCCUAUUCUUUCAUUUGUGAUUGCACGUGGCAUGCAGUCGCUUGUUCAUCCAAGCAUAAGUAUUUUUGACUCUGGCCCGUUCAAAGACGGCAUGAUAACCUUCACACUUCCCUCUGCCAUAAGGAGCUUGAUCCUACAGAAGACACCAGACAUCAGAAAUAUGUCCAGCAUGGCUGGGGGGCUCCGACCAGCCAGCAUGGUGGUCCUGCACAGGUCCCUGGCUCUAGCCUUUGAAAAGUUCUGCCAAACCAACAAUGGCCCUCUGCCCCUACUGGGCCUGACUGAGCCAGGCAAGUGGACGUUGCCUACCCCGAACGCUGUUCUGGACACCAGGACAGGGUGUCCCUAGUUCCGGAAGUACGAGUUUGUUGCCCACAGAGGCAGCCUGACCUCAUUGGAGGAGUACUCGGAGCAGCUGAGGGACAUGGUGACUUUCCUCCCGGACUGCAGCUCCUCCCUGGAAGCAGCCUUGGAGAAGGUGGGGCUCCCCAGAAGAGACUCCAUAGGGCAUGGUCACGUGGGUGCAUACGAGAGGACAGCGCCUUGUGCCACCAUUGCUGGCUUUUGCUGCCACCUGGUGGUCACAAUGUAGCCCAUCCCCAAGAACAAGCUGGAAGGGCUGGUACGGGCCAGUUGCUCCCCAGGGAAUAAGGGACAUCCCAUUCAUAUCGGCGACCCGGAAUGGUUGGGAAUCAAAGAUCUUUCUAGACCUGACUAUGAGGAGCCUGUGGUGUGUCAGCCGGGGGACGUCCCAGUGUUCUGACCUUCUCCAAUGACCAGCCUCGAAGCUGUCAGCAGCUGCAAGACCCCGCUGGCUUUCACCAGUGCACUGGGUUGCACAGUCAUGACCAGCCUGAAGAAUACAGAGGCUCCACCCAGUUGUCUUACCCCUGAGGGAAUUCCUGAGGUCCAUCCCAUUUCCCAAGAUCCUUUGCACUACAGCAUCGCAUCGGCUUCAGCUGUUCAGAAGAUUAGAGAACUAGAGACUAUAAUUGCCAUAGACCCAGGCCACCGGAGGAUCGGACACCUGCUCUGUAAAGGUGAGCUGCUGAGGGCCUCCCUGUCACUGUCCCACGCCCGCUCGGUGCUCGUCACCGCCGGCUUCCCCACUCACUUCAACCAUGAGCCCCCAGAAGAGACAGACGGCCCAUCAGGAGCCAUUGCUCUGGCCGCCUGCCUACAGGCCUUGGAGAAGGAGGUCUCCGUGAUCGUUGACCUGAGAGCUUCGGGUUUGUUCAAGAAACUUGUUGAAGAUGCCGUUGAGCAAGGGGUCCUGAAGACACAGAUCCCCAUAUUAACUCUCCAAGGUGAAUCAGCGGGAGCUGCUCAGGCAUUUCUCUGCAAAGAUGGGGACCCCAAGUCACCUAGAUUCGACCAUCUGGUGGCAAUUGAGCGCACAGGAAGGGCCGCCAAUGGUAAUUGCUAUAAUGCGAGGAAGAUGAGCAUCAGGCACUGGGUUGACCCCACUGAUGAUCUUUUCCUGGCAGCACAGAAGAUUCCUGGAAUCUCAGCUACUGGGGUCGGUGGGGGCAAUCAGCUUGGGAAGGGCAAAGUCAAGGAGGCUGUGAAAAGACACAUGUGAAAUGGGGAUGUGAUUGCCUGUGAUGUGGAGGCUGACUUUGCUGUCAUCACUGGUGUUUCUAACUGGGGAGGCUGUGCCUUGGCCUGUGUGCUGUACAUCCUCAACUCAUGUGAGGUCCACAGACAUUACCUCCUAAGGGAGGCAGUUGGACCCUCCAGAGCACCUGGGGAGCAGGACUGGGCUCAGGCCCUUCCAUCCGUUGCUAAGGAAGAAAAAGCGUUGGGCAUCCUGGUGCGGCACCAAGUCCAGAGUGGAGUCUCGGGCGAGGUGGGCCCGGAGGUAGAUGGGCUGCCCUUCCACGGCACCCACGCCCAGAUGAUCCAGAAGCUGCUGGAUGUCACUGCGAUGGGUGUGUGACUUCGCAUGUAGAGUGCGUACCAGAUGGCCAUGCCUGGAACUAGGAGGGAGUUCCCUGAGGGCCCCGAGCUCCUUUCCACACGGUCCUGGGUGAGCAGCGCCUGUGACGGGACAGCGCAGACAUUGGGGACUGAGGAGGAUGUUUCCUCAGGGCUUCCAGUCCUUUGCUUUUCUUCCUAAGUGCUAAGAGGGAUUGAUUUCAGCCCUCCUCCUCAGGCUUCUUCAGAGCACCCACAUGGUCUGCUCUGAGAGUUUUCCGAGGCACCACUUAUGGGGACAAGAGUAGGCAUGACUAGAGCCAUGAAUAAUCCCAAGGCUAAUUAAGAAAUAGUAAAAAAACAAAACAAA